UGCUCAUGAUUAAGGACUCCGGUUACAUCAUUUAAUAAAUUUUAAGAUACUUAUAUUUUCUUGACGAGCGAUUGACUUGUUGAUAAUUCCAUAAAAAAAUAAAGAACCAAAAAAUGAUAGGCUAAUGACUUCAACACACGCCGAGGGGACCGCGUGGGGAAUAUUCGGACUCUCGCCGUCUCAAAACACUUCAGAACUUGUUAUGGUAGAGGUCAAUUAUAAUUAUCAGACUUACAAGAAACAGUAGGAAUGGAAAGUCUGUCUCCACCUUUUAAAGUAUAAUUUUUAAAGGUGUGUAAUAAUAAGGACCGGUCUCUUCUCAUGAAGUUAACCCGUGAAUGAAAAGAGUGACAAUAAUAAUAGUCCACAACAUUCACACAUGGCCAUCUAGCCUAUGCUUGUACUAUGACUACAAGGCGACUGAUAUACAUACCUAUGUAUAUAGUAUGUACAUUAUGUACUUCUAAAUGCAUACAUAUUAUUGAUAAAUUACACACUUGAUCACAAUCAUAACACAAACAUUUAUUUUGCCAGAAUCGAACCCUCGACCUCCGGCAUAGCAAUCAGGGCAUCUAACCACCAGGUGUUCUUUUGAGAGGUACCCAUAAACCCUCUGGCUACGAAACUGACUGAAUAUUGCAAUACCUUAACUCGUCAAUGACUAUUUAUUACAUUAAUGUAUUAGGACUUAUAAUAGCAGUACAGCAUUCGUAUUCAUUCAACUUUAAGGCUCGGAAGCUUCACCUAUCUAUGGCAGAAGGUUUGUAAUUUAGAAUAUCAACUGAACUAUAAUAUUUAGAUUAUAGCAAUCCAAUUCAUAAAAGUAGCUCAUAUCUUCAAAUUUUUAGGAGACCACAAUAUGGAGAUAAUUUAUUCACUGACCCAUGGUUUCUAUCUUAUACCUACGAGUUUAUUGACCUCUGAGAAUCUAUCAACCUUCUGUUACCUCAAAAGACAGAAAAGGACAAAAAAGGAAACACAGAGUACCACUAAAUAAAAUACAAGUAGGUCAAAAUGAUAACCUUCUUCAAGUCGAAAAAAAUCAAUAGGUACUCUACGAGUAUGAUCAAUGCGUAUAAAUUACACUUUUGUCAUGCAAAACCCGAUUUCAAUAAUAAAAGCAGGGAUCUAUUAUCUCCCGUAACCCAUAAACUUACAAGAGUAGAGUUUAAUCAGAUAAAAUACCAUUUCCGUCAUAUAUAACAAGACUACGGCUUCCUGUUGAGUAUUCCUGUCAAUAUUCCCCUAGAGUUUGCUAGUGAGACAUUUAGCAAUGAAUAUUUGUAGAAAACUUGCGGGCAAUGUAUUCGGAAAAGGAUUUUCAAUGGCAACCAACGAGUUCUGCGAUAGUUUUCUUUGUAGGACGGUGCCACGCUUUUGCAGCACUGUAACAAAUAAUCUUGAUCUGAAAAAAGAAAGAGAAGAAUUUCUCAACGCUUUGCCUGGCGUUAUCGACGUGAUAGCAAAACACCCAAAGUUUAAAGAAAUUCCAUUGGCUGAAGAAUGGAUGAGAAAAGUAAUAAAUGGUACUGUCACUGGAGGCAAAAACGCUAGAGGAUUAAAUACAGUGAUAUCCUAUAGAAUGUUCGAGAGUCCAGAGAAAAUCAACGAAGAGACAUUACGGCAAGCUCGAACUUUGGGAUGGUGCGCUGAAAUUCUGCAGGCAUUCUUGGUGGUGUUAGACGACAUGAUGGACGGCUCUGUGUCUCGUCGCGGCCAGCCCUGUUGGUAUCUGAGGGCUGACGUUGGUAUUGGCCAUGCAAUCAAUGACGCUAUUCUUAUAUACUACUGUCUACAGCAGUUAUUAAGAGCUAAUUUCGAAAACUCUCCCCAUUAUUUGGCCUAUGUCCAUAAUUUUAAUGAGGUACUAUUCUAUACAUGUAUUGGGCAACAUUUGGACAUCAUGACAGGACAACAGAAAAAGGAUUACAACCUUUUUACAAGAGAACAUUACGAAAGUAUUAUAAUAAACAAAUCAGCGUAUUACACGUACAAACUACCUCUAAUGCUCGGAAUGAUUUUGUCCAACAGAUUCAAUGAAGAAACUCAUAAAAACGUGGAAAAUAUUUCUUUGUUAUUGGGUAAACUUUUUCAAAUGCAGGAUGACUACAUUGAUUGCUUCGGAGACAAAAGUCUAACCGGAAAGUUGGGCAAUGACAUCCAAGAAGGGAAAUGCACAUGGCUGGCUGUGAAUGCCCUGAACCGCUGCAGUGACAAACACCGAAAAGUAUUUAAAGUGUGUUAUGGUAGCAAGGAGCCAGCGCACGUAGAGAGAAUCAAGCAACUUUACGUAGAACUUAAUAUUCCACAAGUUUUCAAACAAGAAGAAAACGAAAUUUAUAACUUUAUUAUACAGAAAAUAAAUAAUCUUCCCUUAGCAUCAGAACGUGCACUUUACCAAGUAAUUCUAAAUGAAUUGUACGGGCGAAAACGUUAAUACUUUGAUAUACUUAAAUGAUUGUCAAGUGGUUUUUGUUCUAUCAGUACAAUUUUUUAUU